AUGGAAUUGCUGGAGGGAUCCUUCUACGGCCUGGAUCUACUGAAGCUGCACUCUGUCACCACUAAGCUCCUGGACCGUGUGGAAAACAUUGAAAAGGUAAGUCCUCCAUCACUGAGGAAGACAACCCUAUCUUACCUGUAAAGAAUAGGCUACAUACAGUUGGAGUCGGAAGUUUACAUACACUAAGUUGACUGUGCCUUUAAACAGCUUGGAAAAAUCCAGAAAAUGAUGUCAUGGCUUUAGAAGCUUCUGAUAGGCUAAUUGACAUCAUUUGAGUCAAUUGGAGAUGUACCUGUGGAUGUAUUUCAAGGUCUACCUUCAAACUCAGUGCCUCUUUGCUUGACAUCAUGGGAAAAUCAAAAGAAAUCAGCCAAGACCUCAGAAGAAAAAUUGUAGACCUCCACAAGUCUGGUUCAUCCUUGGGAGCAAUUUCCAAACGCCUGAAGGUACCACGUCCAUCUGUACAAACAAUAGUAAGUAUAAACACCAUGGGAUCACGCAGCCGUCAUACCGCUCAGGAAGGAGACGCGUUCUGUCUCCUAGAGAUGAACGUACUUUGGUGCGAAAAGUGCAAAUCAAUCCCAGAACAACAGCAAAGGACCUUGUGAAGAUGCUGGAGGAAACAGGUACAAAAUUAUCUAUAUCCACAGUAAAACGAGUCCUAUAUCGACAUAACCUGAAAGGCCGCUCAGCAAGGAAGAAGCCACUGCUCCAAAACUGCCACAAAAAAGCCAGAAAACGGUUUGCAACUGCACAUGGGGACAAAGAUUGUACUUUUUGGAGAAAUGUCCUCUGGUCUGAUGAAACAAAAAUAUAACUUUUUGGCCAUAAUGACCAUCGUUAUGUUUGGAGGAAAAACCGGGUGGCUUGCAAGCCGAAGAACACCAUCCCAAUCGUGAAGCACUGUGUUGGCAGCAUCAUGCUGUGGGGGUGCUUUGCUGCAGGAGGGACUGGUGCACUUCACAAAAUAGAUGGCAUUAUGAGGAAGGAAAAUUAUGUGGAUAUAUUGAAGCAACAUCUCAAGAAAUCAGUCAGGAAGUUAAAGCUUGGUCGCAAAUGGGUCUUCCAAAUGGACAAUGACCCCAAGCAUGCUUCCAAAGUUGUGGCAAAAUGGCUUAAGGAUAACAAAGUCAAGGUAUUGGAGUGGCCAUCACAAAGCCCUGACCUCAAUCCUAUAAAACAUUUGUGGGCAGAACUGAAAAAGCGUGUGCAAGCAAGAAGGCUGCAAACCUGACUCAGUUACACCAGCUCUGUCAGGAGGAAUGGACCAAAAUUCACCCAACAUAUUGUGGGAAGCUUGUGGAAGGCUACCCGACACGUUUGACCCAAGUUAAACCAUUUAAAGGCAAUGCUACCAAAUACUAAUUGAGUGUAUGUAAACUUCUGACCCACUGGGAAUGUGAUGAAAGAAACAAAAGCUGAAAUACAUAAUUCUCUCUACUAUUAUCCUGACAUUUCACAUUCUUAAAAUAAAAGUGGUGAUCCUAACUGACCUAAAAACAGUGAAUUUUUACUAGGAUUAAAUGUCAGGAAUUGUGGAAAAACUGAGUUUAAAUGUAUUUGGCUAAGGUGUAUGUUAACUUCCUACUUCAACUGGACAUCAUGGGCUGAAGGGCACAUACAAUACAUGGACAGAGGGAGUGAAGUGAAUCUGAGAUGUGGUGAGCACAGCAGCACACCCACACUGAAUGAAAACAGAACUCCGUAUACAACAGUAAGUAGACUGGGUGUAUGCUGCAGAUUAGGAGAACGUACACUACCGUUCAAAAGUUUGGGGUCACUUAGAAAUGUCCUUGUUUUCGAAAAGAAAAGCAAUUUUUUUGUCCAUUAAAAUAACAUCAAAUUGAUCAGAAAUACAGUGAAGACAUUGUUCAUGUUGUAAAUGGCUAUUGUAGCUGGAAACGGCUGAUUUUUUUAUGGAAUAUCUACAUAGGCGUACAGAGGCCCAUUAUCAGCAACCAUCAGUCCUGUGUUCCAAUGGCACGUUGUGUUUGCUAAUCCAAGUUUAUCAUUUUAAAAGGCUAAUUGAUCUUUAGAAAACCCUUUUUGCAAUUAUGUUAGCACAGCUGAAAACUGUUGUGCUGAUUAAAGAAGCAAUAAAACUGGCCUUCUUGAGACUAGUUGAGUGUCUGGAGCAUCAGCAAUUGUGGGUUCGAUUACAGGCUCAAAAUGGCCAGAAACAAAUAACUUUCUUCUGAAACUCGACAGUCUAUUCUUGUUCUGAGAAAUGAAGGCUAUUCUAUGCGAGAAAUUGCCAAGAAACUGAAGAUCCUCAGACGAGCCAGCUGAUUGGAUGGAAACCAACCACUUAGAAUAGUCUCAUGACCUACUCUCCCAGGAGCCAUUACUCUGCUUUAUUAGUGGUUCUGCUGCCUGCCACGGGCGACUUUAUGGACCUGGAAGGAGUGUCCAACACACUCCAUUUAAAUGAUGGAAAUUAUAAAUUAAUUCUGCCUGAAGCAUAACUGUUUUCUUAAUAGUGAGUUAAAUCAAUUUUAUGUCUUGAAAGACACCCUUCUUUGGUCAAGGUCCCCCCCCCCCCUUCCUAGAAAACAUGCUCCCUUAUUGAGUGUCUAAUAUUUAUUGAAAUGUAGCUGCUUGUGAAUGAGAUACACUCUAUUAUAAAGUACUAUCAUUCUUUUACCAUAAGAAACAUCCUAUAUGUGUCCAACCAGAACCAAGCAGUCUCUCAGAACCAGGAUGAGGCUGUCGCAGGCCGAGAGAGGAGGCCCUCUAUCAAGCCACAGCAGGUGAAGGAGAACCCCGUUACACCCGCCCCCUCGCUCCCCCUGAGGCAGGAGAAGAAAAGACUGGGUGAUCUGAGUGACGUGGCUACAGCCUAUCAGAAUAAAGAGGUGGGUAGGAUCUGGCGGUCGUCAGGUUUGGUAGUACUGCAACACCAAUGCUCUCGAGUGGCUUUACAAAAAAAAGCACAUUGGGAUCUCAUUGUAUCGACAUCGAUUAUUUUCUUUAUGCCAGCAGCAUACCACCCUGCAUCCCACUGCUGGCUAAACAGGGUUGGUCCUGGAUGGGAAAUCAGAUGCUGCUGGAAGUGGUGUUGGAGGGCCAGUAGGAGGAACACUUACCUCUGGUCCCCAAAAAAAUAUCCCAAUUCCCCAGGGCAGUGAUUAGGGACAUUGCCCUGUGUAGGGUGCAGUCUUUCAGAUGGGACGUUAAAACGAGUGUCCUGACUCUCUGAGGUCACUAAAGAUCCCAUGGCACUUACUGUAAGAGAAGGGGUGUCCUGGCUAAAUUCCCAAUCUGUCCGUCAAACCAUCAUGGCCACCUAAUCAUCUCCAGCUUCCAAUUGGCUCAUUCAUCCCCCCUCUUCUCCCCUGUCACAAUUCCCCAGGUCUUUGCUACAAAUGAGAAUGUGUUCUCAGUCAACUUACCUGGUAAAAUAAGGGUAAAAUAAAUUCCUUUAGCCUGUAUUCUAGAUAAAUCCUUCUUUACUGAAGGAAUAAUCUUACAUUGACAUUUUAGUCAUUUAGCAGACGCCCUUAUCGCGAUAGCUAGGUGAAACAACAUUUUUUACAGACAGUCAGUGCAUACAUUUUAUUUUGUCAUACUGGCCCCCCGUGGGAAUCGAACCCACAACCCUGGCGUUGCAAGCGCCGUGCUCUACCAACUGAGCUACACGGGGCCACAUCACAGUCACAGUAAGUAGUGAAGAGGGGGAUUAUUUCAAAUCAAAUUUUAUUUGUCACAUGCGCCGAACACAACAGGUGUAGUAGACCUUACCGUGAAAUGCUUACUUACAAGCCCUUAACCAACAAUGCAGUUCAAGAAAUAGAGUUAAGAAAAUAUUUACUAAAUAAACUAAAGUAAAAAAUAAAAUACAAAGUUACACAAUAAAAUAAACAACGAGGCUAUAUACUGGGGGUCCCGGGACCGAGUCAAUGUGCAGGGGGUACAGGUUAGUUGAGGUAAUUUGUACAUGUAGGUAGGGGUAAAGUGACUAUGCAUAGAUAAUAAACAGCUAGUAUCAGCAAUGUAAAAACAAAGGGGGGGGGGGGGGGGGGGGGGGGUUGUUAUCAAUGUAAAUAGUCCGUAGUCCAGGUGGCCAUUUGAUAAAUUGUUCAGCAGUCUUAUGGCUUGGGGAUAGAAGCUGUUAAAGAUACUUUUGGACCUAGACUUGGCGCUCCGGUACAGCUUGCCGUGCGGUAGCAGAGAGAACAGUCUAUGACUUGGGUGACUGGAGUCUUUGACAAUUUUCGGGGCCUUCCUCUGACAUACCUAGUAUAUAGGUCCUGGAUGGCUGGAAGCUUGGCCCCAGUGAUGUACUGGGCCGGACACACUACCCUCUGUAGUACUUUACAGUUGGAUGCCGAGCAGUUGCCAUACCAGGCGGUGAUGCAACCGGUCAGGAUGCUCUCGAUGGUGCAGCUGUAGAACUUUGAGGAUCUGGGGACCCAUGCCAAAUCUUUUCAGUCUCCUGAGGGGGAAAAGGUGUUGGCGUGCCCUCUUCACGACUGUCUUGGUGUGUUUGGAACAUGAUAGUUUGUUGGUGAUGUGGACACCAAGGAACUUGAAACUCUCGACCCGCUCCACUACAGUCCCGUCGAUGUGAAUGGGGGCGUGUUCGUGCUCCUUUGUCUUGCUCAUGUUGAGGGAGAGGUUAUUGUCCUGGCACCACACUGCCAGGUCUCUGACCACCUCCCUAUAGGUUGUCUCAUCGUUGUCGGUGAUCAGGCCUACCACUGUUAUGUCGUCAGCAAACUUAAUGAUGGUGUUGGAGUCGUGCUUGGCCACGCAGUCGUGGGUGAACAGGGAGUACAGGAGGGGACUAAGCACGCACUCCUGAGGGGCCCCAGUGUUGAGGAUCAGCGUGGCAGAUGUGUUGUUGCCUACCCUUACCACCUGGGGGCAGCCCGUCAGGAAGUCCAGGAUCCAGUUGCAGAGGGAGGUGUUUAGUCCCAGGGUCCUUAGCUUAGUGAUGAGCUUUGUGGGCACUAUGGUGUUGAAUGCUGAGCUGUAGUCAAUGAAAGCAUUCUCACAUAGGUGUUUGUUUUGUCCAGGUGGGAAAGGGCAGUGUGGAGUGCGAUUGAGAUUGUGUCAUCUGUGGAUCUGUUGGGGCGGUAUGCGAAUUGGAGUGGGUAUAGGGUUUCCGGGAUAAUGGUGUUGAUGUGAGCCCUGGUGAGCUGGUGCUCUCAUGCAUGCUUCAGUGUUACUUGCCUCGAAGCGAGCAUAAAAGGCAUUUUGCUCGUCUGGUAGGCUCGCGUCACUGGGCAGCUCGCGGCUGGGUUUCCCUUGGUAGUCCGUAAUAGUUUGCAAGCCCUGCCACAUCCAACGAGCGUCAGAGCCGUUGUAGUAGGAUUCAAUCUUAGUCCUGUAUUGACGCUUUGCCUGUUUGAUGGUUUGUCUGAGGGCAUAGCGGGAUUUCUUAUAAGCGUCCGGAUUAGUGUCCCGCUCCUUGAAAUCUAUACUCUUUGAAGAGGUAGGGUUUAGGUGCAUUUGGAAGAUGGGCAAGGACUCUGCUGUCCUAGCUUCAGGAGGUAGCUGGUUCCACCAUUGGGGUGCCAGGACAGAGAAGAGCUUGGACUGGGCUGAACGAGAGCUGCCAUCCUGUAGGGGUGGGAGGGCCAAGAGACCAGAGGUGGCAGAAUGGAGUGCUCAGGUUGGGGUGUAGGGUUUAAGCAUAGCCUGAAGGUAGGGAGGGGCAGUUCCUCUUGCUGUGCCGUAGGAAAGCACUAUGGUCUUGUAGUGGAUGUGAGCUUUGACUGGAAGCAAAUGGAGUGUGGGAGAACUUGGGAAGGUUGAAACUUGGCGGGCUGCAGCGUUCUGGAUAAGUUGCAGGGGUUUGAUGGCACAAGCGGGGAGCCCAGCCAACAGCAAGUUGCCGUAGUCCAGACGGGAGAUAAGUGCCUGGAUUAGGACCUGCGCCGCUUCCUGUGUGAGGUAGGGUCGUACUAUACGGAUGUUGUAGAGCAUGAACCUGCAGGAGCGAGUCACUGCUUUGAUGUUUGCAGAGAAUGACAGGGUCUAGUCCAGGGUCACGCCAUGGUUCUUUGCACUCUGGGAGGGCGACACUGUUGAGUGAUCAAUCGUGAUGGAGAGGUCUUUGAGCGUGGAGGCCUUCCCCGGGAGGAAGAGCAGCUCUGUCUUGUCAAGGUUGAGCUUGAGGUGGUGGGCCGACAUCUAAGUUGAGAUAUAUGCCAGGCACGCAGCGAUGCAUGUCACCACCUGGGUGUUAGAAGGGGGAAAGGAUCAAAAUUGUUGAGUGUCAUUCACAUAGCAAUGAUAGGAGAGACCAUGUGAGGAUAUGACAGAGACAAGUGACUUGGUGUAUAGAGAAAAGAACCGAGCCCUGGGGGACACCAGUAGUGAGAGAACAUGGUGCAGACACAGAUCCUCGCCAUGUCACCUGUUGGAGCGGCCUGCCAGAUAGGUUGCAAUCCAAGAGUGUGCAGAGUCUGAGACGCCCAGCCCUGAGAGGGUGGAGAGGAGUAUCUGAUGGUUCACUGUGUCGAAUGCAGCGGAUAGAUCUGGAGGAUGAGAACAGAGGAGAGAGAGUCAGCUUUGGCAGUGCCGAGAGCCUCUGUGACACAGAGAAGAGCAGUCUCGGUUGAGUGACCCGUCUUGAAGCCUUACCGUUAGGGUCAAGAAGAUCGUUCUGAGAGAGAUAACGAGAGAGUUGAUCAGAGGCUGCACACUCAAGUGUUUUGGAAAGAAAGAAGGGAUACAGGUCUAUAGUUUUUGACGUCAGAUGAGUCGAGUGUUCGUUUCUUGAGGAGGGGAGCGACUCGGGCCAUUUUGAAGUCAGAGGGGACGCAGCCAGUGGUCAGGGAUGAGUUGAUGAGGGAAGUGAGGAAUGGGAGAAGGUCUCCAGAGAUGGUCGGGAGAAGGGGAUGGGGUCGAGCGAGCAGGUUGUCGGGCUGCCAGAUCUCACUAGUCGCAGGAUUUCAUCUGGCGAGAGGGGAGAAAGAGGUCAAGGCGUAAGGUAGUUCUGUGUGAGCGAGACCGGUGGACUCAAUAAGCUGAGUGAAUGAAAAGCGGAUGUCGUCAACCUUCUUUUCAAAGUGGUUGACAAAGUCGUCCACAGAGAGGGAUGAGGUGGAGGAUUAAGGAGGGAGGAGAAGGUGUUAAAGAGUUCCCUAGGGUUAGAGGCAGAAGUUUAAAAUGUAAAGUGGUAGAAAGUGGCUUUAGCAGCAGAUACGGAGGAAGAGAAGGUAGAGAAGAUGGAGUAAAAGGAUGAUAGGUCCUCCGAAAGUCUAAUUUUCCUAAAUUUUUGCUCUGUUCUGUGAGAUCGCAAUGAGUUACUCAGCCAUGGAGCAGGAGGGGAGGGCCGGGCCGGCCUGGAGGGUAAGGGGACAAUGUGAAUCAUAGGAUGCGGAAAGGGAGGAGAGUAGGGUCGAAGAGGCAGAAUCAGGAGACAGGAUUUAGCAGAAGGGAGAGAUGAUAGGAUAGCAGAGGAGAGAGUAGUGGGAGAGAGAGAGAGCGAAGAUCGCAACGGCGCAUUACCAUCUGGGUAGGGGCUGAGUGGAUAGGGUUGGAGGAGAGAUGGAGAGAAAAGGAAACAAAGUACUGAUCAGAGACCUGGAGGGGGGCUGCAGUGAGAUUAAUAGGUUUGUAUUUGUAUUUAUUAUGGAUCCCCGUUAGUUCCUGCCAAGGCAGCACCUACUCCUCCUGGGGUCCAGCAAAGUUAAGGCAGUUAUACAUUUAAAAAACAUUACAAUAUAUUCAUAAUAGAUUUCACAACAUAUUAAGUGUGUGCCCUCAUGCCUCUACUCUACUACCACAUAUCUAUAACACAAAAUCCAUGUGUGUAUAGUGCGUAUGUUAUCGUGUGUUUGUAUGCAUACAGUGAGGGGGAAAAUUAUUUGAUCCCCUGCUGAUUUUGUAUGUUUGCCCACUGACAAAGAAAUGAUCAGUCUAUAAUUUUAAUGGUAGGUUUAUUUGAACAGUGAGAGACAGAAUAACAACAAAAAAAUCCAGAAAAAUGUCAAAAAUGUUAUAAAUUGAUUUGCAUUUUAAUGAGGGAAAUAAGUAUUUGACCUCCUCUCAAUCAGAAAGAUGUCUGGCUCCCAGGUGUCUUUUAUACAGGUAACGAUCUGAGAUUAGGAGCACACUCUUAAAGGGAGUGCUCCUAAUCUCACUUUGUUACCUGUAUAAAAGACACCUGUCCACAGAAGCAAUCAAUCAAUCAGAUUCCAAACUCUCCACCAUGGCCAAGACCAAAGAGCUCUCCAAGGAUGUCAGGGACAAGAUUGUAGACCUACACAAGGCUGUAAUGGGCUACAAGACCAUCGCCAAGCAGCUUGGUGAGAAGGUGACAACAGUUGGUGUGAUUAUUCGCAAAUGGAAGAAACACAAAAUAACUGUCAAUCUCCCUCGGCCUGGGGCUCCAUGCAAGAUCUCACCUCGUGGAGUUGCAAUGAUCAUGAGAACGGUGAGGAAUCAGCCCAGAACUACACAGGAGGAUCUUGUCAAUGAUCUCAAGGCAGCUGGGACCAUAGUCACCAAGAAAACAAUUGGUAACACACUACGCCGUGAAGGACUGAAAUCCUGCAACGCCCGCAAGGUCCCCCUGCUCAAGAAAGCACAUAUACAGGGCCGUCUGAAGUUUGCCAAUGAACAUCUGAAUGAUUCAGAGAAGAACUGGGUGAAAGUGUUGUGGUCAGAUGAGACCAAAAUCGAGCUCUUUGGCAUCAACUCAACUCGCUGUGUUUGGAGGAGGAGGAAUGCUGCCUAUGACCCCAAGAACACCAUCCUCACCGUCAACCAUGGAGGUGGAAACAUUAUGCUUUGGGGGUUUUUCUGCUAAGGGGACAGGGCAACUUCACCGCAUCAAAGGGACGAUGGACGGGGCCAUGUACCGUCAAAUCUUGGGUGAGAACCUCCUUCCCUCAGCCAGGGCAUUGAAAAUGGGUCGUGGAUGGGUAUUCCAGCAUGACAAUGACCCAAAACACACGGCCAAGGCAUCAAAGGAGUGGCUCAAGAAGAAGCACAUUAAGGUCCUGGAGUGGCCUAGCCAAUCUCCAGACCUUAAUCCCAUAGAAAAUCUGUGGAGGGAGCUGAAGGCUCGAGUUGCCAAACGUCAGCCUCGAAACCUUAAUGACUUGGAGAAGAUUUGCAAAGAGGAGUGGGACAAAAUCCUUCCUGAGAUGUGUGCAAACCUGGUGGUGUCACGAUCAUUUACUGAUGAGACGGACCAAGGCGCAGCGUGAUAAGCGUACAUUUUAUUUACGUACUUAACUCACGACAAAACAACAAACCAGCGAAACGUGAAGUCCUAGGUUACACAAAACAAACCUUUACGGAACAAGAUCCCACCCCGACUAGUGCCAAACAGGCUGCCUAAGUAUGGUCCCCAAUCAGAGACAACGAGAUACAGCUGCCUCUGAUUGGGAACCACCCUGGCCAACAUAGAUCAAAACGAUCUAGAACUAAACAUAGAAAACAACACAACACGGAAACUACACACCCUGGCUCAACAUUUCAGAGUCCCCAGAGCCAGGGUGUGACAGGUGGCCAACUACAAGAAACGUCUGACCUCUGUGAUUGCCAACAAGGGUUUUGCCACCAAGUACUAAGUCAUGUUUUGCAGAGGGGUCAAAUACUUAUUUCCCUCAUUAAAAUGCAAAUCAAUUUAUAACAUUUUUGACAUGCGUUUUUCUGGAUUCUUUUGUUGUUAUUCUGUCUCUCACUGUUCAAAUAAACCUACAAUUCAAAUUAUAGACUGAUCAUGUCUUUGUCAGUGGGCAAACAUACAAAAUCAGCAGGGAUAACCUGAACCUGGUUGCAGGCACUAGUUACAGUUUGAAGCUUUCUCUUGAGUGGGCAGCCUGAUGAAAGCCAGUCAAUAUUUAAAUCACCCAGAAAGUAUACCUCUCUUUUGAUAUCAAAUCAAAUGUUAUUUGUCACAUGCGCGGAAUACAACAGGUGUAGACCGUACAGUGAAAUGCCUACUUACAAGCCCUUAACCAACAAUGCAGUUUUAAGAAAGAAUACCAAAAAAUGCAUGCAAUGCAAAUAGUCUGGGUAGCCAUUUGAUUAGAUGUUCAGGAGUCUUAUGGCUUGGGUGUAGAAGCUGUUUAGAAGCCUCUUGGACCUAGACUUGGCGCUCCGGUACCGCUUGCCAUGCGGGAGCAGAGAGAACAGUCUAUGACUAGGGUGGCUGGAGUCUUUGACAAUUUUUAGGGCCUUCCUCUGACACCGCCUGGUGUAGAGGUCCUGGAUGGCAGGAAGCUUUGCAGAGGACGCACUACGCUCUGGACCUCCUCCCUAUAGGCUGUCUCGUCGUUAUCGGUGAUCAGGCCUACCACUGUUGUCAUGUCGUCGGCAAACUUCAUGAUGGUGUUGGAGUCGUGCCUGGCCAUGCAGUCAUGAGUGAACAGGGAGUACAGGAGGGGACUGAGCACGCACCCCUGAGGGGCCCACGUGUUGAGGAUCAGUGUGGCGGAUGUGUUUUUACAUACCCUUACCACCUGGGGGCGGCCCGUCAGGAAGUCCAGGAUCCAGUUGCAGAGGGAGGUGUCUAGUCCCAGGGUCCUUAGCUUAGUGAUGAGCUUUGAGGGCACUAUGGUGUUGAAUGCUGAGCUGUAGUCAAUGAAUAGCAUUCUCACGUAGGUGUUCCUCUUGUCCAGGUGGGAAAGGGCAGUGUGGAGUGCAAUAGAGAUUGCAUCAUCUGUGGAUCUGUUGGGGCGGUAUGCAAAUUGGAGUGGGUCUAGGGUUUCUGGGAUAAUGCUGUUGAUGUGAGCCAUGACCAGCCUUUCAAAGCACUUCAUGGCUACAGACGUCAGUGCUACGGGUCGGUAGUCAUUUAGGCAGGUUAUCUUAGAGUCCUUGGGCACGGGGACUAUGGUGGUCUGCUUGAAACAUGUUGGUAUUACAGACUCAGUCAGGGACAUGUUGAAAAUGUCAGUGAAGACACUUGCCAGUUGGUCAGCACAUGCUCGGAGUACACGUCCUGGUAAUCCGUCUGGCCCUGCGGCCUUGUGAAUGUUGACCUGCUUAAAAGUCUUACUCACAUCGGCUACGGAGAGCGUGAUCACAUAGUCAUCCGGAACAGCUGGUGCUCUCAUGCAUGCUUCAGUGUUGCUUGCCUCGAAGCGAGCAUAGAAGUGGUUUAGCUCGUCUGGUAGGCUUGUGUCACUGGGCAGCUCGCGGCUGUGCUUCCUUUUGGGGGCGGGCCCGGCCCCCUAUGGCCCGCCCAUAGCGACGGGUGUGACUUAAUAUAGAUGGCCCUAGCUAGCAACAAGACAGUACUAGACAGCAGAUGAAGACAAACAUUAUACUUAUCACUCCUGGAGAUAUCUAGCUAUAGAAUGAAGCAGAGAGGAAGAUGGAAACAAUCAUGUGGCCAUUGCUUAGAGAACACCAGUAGUCAUUGAUUCCACAUGGUGCUGCUUGGUGCAGUCAUGCUUUGGCCAAUGUAUGACACUAACAGGCUGUAUUAAAGGCCCAGUCAGUCAAACAUGUGAUAUUCCUGUGUUUUAUAUCAAUUUCCACACCGAGGUUGAAAUAAUACAGUGAAAUUGUGAAAAGGAUGAUAAUCCCCUCUCUUUGAAAAGACUGCCUGAAAUGUCAGCCUAUUUUUAGAUAAUAGACCAAUAAGAACGAGAGUUCCAAACCUCUGCCAAUGACAGAGUUCAGUUUUCCCUUUCCCACUCAGACCACUCCCAGGUAAAUUCUUGCUUGAGAAAUUGCUCUGCUUACCAUUUUAAUUGAUUAAGGUACUUAAUUGUUAACCAGCAAUGAUUUGAUAUGGAUGAAUAAAUAAACGUCUGGAUUGGACCUUAAACACAAUUUCCUGACAAAAACAAAUGUAUAACUCAAAAUAUGACUUUUAUUUUCAUCAAACAGUCACAUCACCUCCUUAGUCCUCCUUACUCCCUGGAACACUCAGUCCACCGUACUGUCAGGAACACUCAGUCCUCCUUACUGCCAGGAACACUCAGUCCUCCUUACUGUCAGGAACAUUCAGUCCUCCUUACUGCCAGGAACACUCAGUCCUCCUUACUGUCAGGAACACUCAGUCCUCCUUACUGCCAGGAACACUCAGUCCUCCUUACUGCCAGGAACACUCAGUCCUCCUUACUGCCAGGAACACUCAGUCCUCCUUACUGUCAGGAACACUCAGUCCACCUUACUGCCAGGAACACUCAGUCCUCCUUACUGCCAGGAACACUCAGUCCUCCUUACAGCCAGGAACACUAAGACCUCCUCACUUCCAGGAAAACUCAGUCCCCCUUACAUCCAGGAACACUCAGUCCUCCUUACUGUUAGGAACACUCAGUCCUCCUUACUGCCAGGAACACUCAGUCCUCCUUACUGCCAGGAACACUCAGUCCUCCUUACUACCAGAAACACAUUCAGUCCUCCUUACUGUUAGGAACACUCAGUCCUCCUUACUGCCAGGAACACUCAGUCCUCCUUACUGCCAGAAACACAUUCAGUCCUCCUUACUGUUAGGAACACUCAGUCCUCCUUACUGUUAGGACCACUCAGUCAUCCUUACUGCCAGGAACACUCAGUCCUCAUUACUGCCAGAAACACAUUCAGUCCUCCUUACUGUUAGGAACACUCAGUCCGCCUUACUGCCAGAAACACAUUCAGUCCUCCUUACUGUUAGGAACACUCAGUCCACCGUACUGCCAGGAACACUCAGUCUCCCUUACUGCCAGGAACACUCAGUCAUCCUUACUGCCAGGAACACAAUCAGUCAUCCUUACUUUCAGGAACACUCAGUCCUCUUUACUGCCAGGAACACUCAGUCCUCCUUACUGCCAGAAAGACUCAAUCCUCCUUACUGCCAGGAACACUCAGACCUCCUUAUUUCCAGGAAAACUCAGUCUCCCUUACUGCCAGGAACACUAAGUCCUCCUUACUGUCAGGAACACUCAGUCCUCCUUACUGUUAAGAACAGUCAGACCUCCUUACUUCCAGGAAAACUCAGUCCACCUUACUGCCAGGAACACUCAGUCCUCCUUACUGCCAGGAACACAUUCAGUCCUCCUUACUGUUAGGAACACUCAGUCCUCCUUACUGCCAGAAACACAAUCAGUCCUCCUUACUAUUAGGAACACUCAGUCCUCCUUACUGCCAGAAACACAAUCAGUCCUCCUUACUAUUAGGAACACUCAGUCCUCCUUACUGUUAGGAACACUAAGUCCACCUUACUGCCAGGAACACUCAGUCCUCCUUACUGCCAGGAACACUAAGUCGUCCUUACUGCCAGGAACACUCAGUCCUCCUUACUGUCAGGAACACUCAGUCCUCCUUACUGCCAGGAACACUCAGUCCUCCUUACUACCAGAAACACAUUCAGUCCACCUUACUGUUAGGAACACUCAGUCCUCCUUACUGCCAGAACACUCAGUCCUCCUUACUGCCAGGAACACAUUCAGUCCUCCUUACUGUUAGGAACACACAGUUCUCCUUACUGCCAGGAACACUCAGUUUCCUUACUGCCAGAAACACAUUCAGUCCUCCUUACUGCCAAGAACACUCAGUCCUCCUUACUGCCAGAAACACAUUCAGUCCUCCUUACUGUUAAGAACACUCAGUCCUCCCUACUGCCAGAAACACAAUCAGUCCUCCUUACUAUUAGGAACACUCAGUCCUCCUUACUGUUAGGAACCAUAGUCCACCUUACUUGCCAGGAACACUCAGUCCUCCUUACUGCCAGGAACACUAAUCGUCCUUACUAGGAACACUAUCUCCUUACUGCCAGAAACACAAUCAGUCCUCCUUACUGCCAGGAACACUCAGUCUCCUUACUGUAGGAACACAACCAGGAACACUCAGUACUCCUUACUGCCAGGAACACUCAGUCCCCCUUACUGCCAGGAACACUCAGUUCCCCUUACUGCCAGGAACACUCAGUCCUCCUUACUGCCAGGAACACUCAGUCCUCCUUACUACCAGAAACACAUUCAGUCCUCCUUACUGUUAGGAACACUCAGUCCUCCUUACUGCCAGGAACACUCAGUCCUCCUUACUGCCAGGAACACUCAGUCCUCCUUACUGCCAGGAACACAAUCAGUCAUCCUUACUUUCAGGAACACUCAGUCCUCCUUACUGCCAGGAACACUCAGUCCUCCUUACUGCCAGAAAUACUCAAUCCUCCUUACUGCCAGAAACACAUUCAGUCCUCCUUACUGUUAGGAACACUCAGUCCUCCUUACUGUCAGAAACACAUUCAGUCCUCCUUACUGUUAGGAACACUCAGUCUUCCUUACUGUUAGGAACACUCAGUCCUCCUUACUGCCAGGAACACACAGUCCUCCUUACUGUUAGGAACACUCAGUCCUCCUUACUGCCAGGAACACUCAGUCCUCCUUACUGCCAGGAACACACAGUCCUCCUUACUGUUAGGAACACUCAGUCCUCCUUACUGCCAGGAACACUCAGUCCUCCUUACUGCCAGAAACACAUUCAGUCCUCCUUACUGUUAGGAACAUUCAGUCCUCCUUACUGCCAGAAACACAUUCAGUCCUCCUUACUGUUAGGAACACUCAGUCCUCCUUACUCUCAGGAACACUCAGUCCUCCUUACUGUUAGGAACACUAAGUCCUCCUUACUGCCAGGAACACUCAGUCCUCCUUACUGUUAGGAACACUAAGUCCUCCUUACUGCCAGGAACACUCAGUCCUCCUUACUGCCAGGAACACUAAGUCCUCCUUACUGCCAGGAACACUCAGUCCUCCUUACUGCCAGGAACACUCAGUCCUCCUUACUGUUAGGAACACUCAUUCCUCCUCACUGCCAGGAACACUAAGUCCUCCUUACUGCCAGGAACACUCAGUCCUCCUUACUGUUAGGAACACUAAGUCCGCCUUACUGCCAGGAACACUCAGUCCUCCUUACUGCCAGAAACACAUUCAUGAUGUUAAUAAUAGCCAUGUCACAUGUUGUUCCUUCAUCAAAACGACCAAGAACAAACAUGUUUUUUCCACACCUUUCUUCCCAAUAAACCCAGAGACUUUACUAUAACGGCACAUCAUAUAUUUCAGAUAAUAACAACAGUAAUAUGUGGCUUGGCAGGUCCAGUGGAUUAUUCAUCCGGUAUAGGAGUGGAUGUGGAUAUAACAGAGGCAUCCAGGCGGGCUAACGCUAUCCUCUUUAUAGGGCACUACCUUUGAUUAGAGCUCUAUGGGCCCUGGUCUAAAGUAUUGCACUAUAUAGGGAAUAGGGUGCUAUUUGGGAUGCAACCAGGGAAACUGUCCAGCAGGGAUGGGCGGAACUGGACACUACGUUCAAAUUAUUAAAUAUAUUGAUAUGUUGUCUCAAGAGUGUGUUCAGUUCGUUUAAAUGUUUUCUUGUUUUCACUUAUCAAAACAUACUCUGACAAUAAUGGCACAACUUAUUGAAGAAAAGCAAAUCCAGGACAGAACUCAAUUUGUAAUGUCUGUCUUCUGCCAGGUAUUGUGUAAUCAUUGUGCUCGUUUAUCAGGAUACUUAUGACAGUUUAUUUUUCAAACUGAUAAGGAUGGGUAUGUUUCAUCCACUUGACAGGGGAGGUAUGAGGAGAGGUUUGUUGGAGGCCAUGAUUCCUCCAGACCCUUACUGAAGACAGACGCUCCAGGACCAGAACCCAGCCCCACCCCCCAGGUGAUCCCAGAGGUGACCCCCCAGGAUGGGGCCAGCCAAGGGAGCCAGGGGGUGUCCCGGGGGGUGAAGACUGGUCCCAAAGGGAUGGUGAUCAGGGGGAUGACCUUCUACAAAUUUGACCAAAUGGUGGCUGAUGACGGGGAGCCAGGGGAGAAUAGUAAGUUCUGACUUUUGAGAUCUCAGAUCUUAUUGACCUCAUCAGAUGGACAACCUAUCUAUCUCUGUCUUUUCCACAAACUGCUAUUUAGAAUAGCUGGUCCCUGGCUAUGCUGGAACAGCAGCUGUAAACAGCACAUGAAAAGUCACAAGCAGCCAGGGUCAUUUCCACAAAGCCUCGGAGUCACAAGCAGCCAGGGUCAUUUCCACAAAGCCUCGGAGUCACAAGCAGCCAGGGUCAUUUCCACAAAGCCUCGGAGUCACAAGCAGCCAGGGUCAUUUCCACAAAGCCUCGGAGUCACAAGCAGCCAGGGUCAUUUCCACAAAUCCUCAGUCACAAGCAGCCAGGGUCAUUUCCACAAAUCGUCAGUCACAAGCAGCCAGGGUCAUUUGACUCUUUUAAUACUGUUUGUAUGUGUUGCAAGAGCUGGAAUUACUCCUCUUGGUGCCUUACAAGCCGUCAUCUCUCCUGUUUAAUAUUAAACUGCCAAUUUUGUCCUGAUGUGUAAACUAUAGUUUUUAUUAUUUCCUCUCCCUGACCAGUCUUUGAGUAUGAUACGUUCAGUGGCGAUGGCCCAGUCAACCUCUUCAUCGAGGAACAGCUUAUCCAGCACAGAGCCCCUCAAAGAGCCAGAGGGAGGGCGGGGCCAAGAGCCGCUCGGCCAAAGAGCAGAGACCAAGUGGGAGGGGCUAGGCAGACCAGCCAAUCAACAGAUCCCACCCAAACACAACCCGACACUGCUGAGAUGGUAUCUAUCGAUUCAGAGCCUGUAGCAACGGUGGUUUCUAAGACGACUCCAUCCCCCAUAGGACAUACAGCAGAGGGCCAGACAUUCACCGCGACCAGGAACGCUAACAUUAACUCAACCAUAGUUGAGACCACUGGUCAGACGACCACUAGAGGAACUGAGAGGCCCAUCCCCAUGAUGGUCAAACCAGCCAGCAUCACUCAGACCACAGAGGGACCAGUCACUACAACAACCACUCAGGUAGCCAAGGAGACCAUGAGGCAGACGACAGUCAUACCGACUGACACACCUGUCAUUGCCUUGGAAAGCACUGGUUUGGAAUCACUCAGAGCCUUGGAAGUGAAAAACAAAAGACUAUCAGAGAACAUUGCAAGCACUAGUACAGUCGACAAGCUCAACACUCAAAGACCAACAAUAACUACAGAGGCUUCGACCAUCAACACAAAGACCACUACUGUUGGCGCGACAACUGCUGCCGUGACAAUAACUCCCCAAACACCCACAACAACGGUCUUGCUAGCGACUACCACAUCGCCAACGGAAAGCUCUAGGUUGACUUUGUCUCCCACAACACAGAGGCAGACCACCCCCUCCUCCACUAGACCACCAGCCACCACCACUUCUACCACCACCACCACCACCAUUGGCCAGCCUCAACCUGCCAAACGCAGGUACAGCAUCAGCUGGGAGGAGGAGGGGGGGACGACCCGGGAGGACCCAAAGGAACCAGGGCAACAAACAUCCCUCAGGAAGCCUGGUAGGUUCUUCAUAUCAGUUCCUAAGGAUGGCUUUUCGUUCAACAUUAAAAAAUACUACUAGGGUGGGAUAAUGUCAUUUAUUCAUUAAGGUUUUAUGAUUAUUUAGUUUAAUCAGGUGCAUCAGUGCAGGGUUAGAACCAAAAUGUGGACUGUCUAGUAGUGGUUCACCAGGAGAGGGUUGUGAUUGGACUGUCUAGUAGUGGUCCCCAGGAGAGGGUUGUGAUUGGACUGUCUAGUAGUGGUUCACCAGGAGAGGGUUGUGAUUGGACUGUCUAAUAGUUGUCCCCCAGGAAAGGGUUGUGAUUGGACUGUCUAGUAGUGGUCCCCAGGAGAGGGUUGUGAUUGGACUGUCUAGUAGUGGUCCCCCAGGAGAGGGUUGUGAUUGGACUGUCUAGUAGUGGUCCCCCAGGAGAGGGUUGUGAUUGGACUGUCUAGUAGUGGUCCCCCAGGAGAGGGUCGUGAUUGGACUGUCUAGUAGUGGUCCCCCAGGAGAGGGUUGUGAUUGGACUGUCUAGUAGUGGUCCCUCAGGAGAGGGUUGUGAUUGGACUGUCUAGUAGUGGUCCCCAGGAGAGGGUUGUGAUUGGACUGUCUAGUAGUGGUUCACCAGGAGAGGGUUGUGAUUGGACUGUCUAGUAGUGGUCCCCCAGGAGAGGGUUGUGAUUGGACUGUCUAGUAGUGGUCCCCCAGGAGAGGGUUGUGAUUGGACUGUCUAGUAGUGGUCCCCGAGGAGAGGGUUGUGAUUGGACUGUCUAGUAGUGGUCCCCCAGGAGAGGGUUGUGAUUGGACUGUCUAGUAGUGGUCCCCCAGGAGAGGGUUGUGAUUGGACUAUCUAGUAGUGGUCCCCCAGGAGAGGGUCGUGAUUGGACUGUCUAGUAGUGGUCCCCCAGGAGAGGGUUGUGAUUGGACUGUCUAGUAGUGGUCCCCCAGGAGAGGGUCGUGAUUGGACUGUCUAGUAGUGGUCCCCCAGGAGAGGGUCGUGAUUGGACUGUCUAGUAGUGGUCCCCGAGGAGAGGGUCGUGAUUGGACUGUCUAGUAGUGGUCCCCGAGGAGAGGGUCGUGAUUGGACUGUCUAGUAGUGGUCCCUCAGGAGAGGGUUGUGAUUGGACUGUCUAGUAGUGGUCCCCGAGGAGAGGGUUGUGAUUGGACUGUCUAGUAGUGGUCCCCGAGGAGAGGGUUGUGAUUGGACUGUCUAGUAGUGGUCCCCGAGGAGAGGGUUGUGAUUGGACUGUCUAGUAGUGGUCCCAGAGGAGAGGGUUGUGAUUGGGAACACUGCUCUAACUGACAAUCUGUGUAUCCACAGGAGAGUGUAAGGACACUCUGGCCACCAUCUCUGAGCCGGUCCUCCAUAACACCUACGGCCGGAACGAGGGGGCCUGGAUGAAGGAUCCUCUGGCCAACAACGACAAGAUCUACGUCACUAACUACUACUACGGAAACAACCUGCUGGAGUUCCGCAACAUGGAGGCCUUCAAAUCAGGUAUCUAGCAACUUAUUUAUUAGUUAAGAACGCAGCAAAUUUUUUCACAAUCCUUCAUGUUCCUUGCCUCCUCAGAGAGGAACAUGUCAUUAGGUUAUUGUAAUAGUAUUAUACUGAGGCCAGAUUCAGAUUUUUUUUUUUUAUUGUUUUAUUUUCAGAUGAUUGUGUCAUUUAUCUUGUUUCUGACUGUGCCCACAUGUUAUCUCUUUGUUUUCAUUCCCCACAAGGCCGCUUCACCAACUCCUACAAGCUUUCCUACAACUGGAUCGGCACGGGCCACGUGGUCUACGACGGAGCCUUCUACUACAACCGCGCCUUCUCCCGUGACAUCAUCAAGUUCGACCUGCGCCUGCGCUACGUGGCUGCCUGGACGAUGCUGCAUGACGCCGUGUUCGAGGAGGCCUCGACACCGUGGCAGUGGCGCGGUCACUCCGACAUCGACUUCGCAGUGGACGAGAGCGGCCUGUGGGUCAUCUACCCUGCACUGGAUGAUGAGGGCUUCCUGCAGGAAGUGAUCGUCCUGACGCGGCUGAACCCCUCUGACCUCAGCACUCAGAGGGAGACCACUUGGAGGACAGGCCUCAGGAGGAACCACUAUGGGAACUGCUUUAUCGUGUGUGGCGUCCUGUACGCCGUCGACAGCUACAACGAGAAGGACGCCAACCUGUCGUACGCCUUCGACACGCACACCAACACCCAGAUGAUUCCCAGGAUGCCCUUCACCAACAACUACACCUACACCACACAGAUCGACUACAACCCCAAGGAGGGAAAGCUGUACGCCUGGGACAACGGACACCAGGUCACGUACAACAUCGACUUCGCCUACGUUUACCCCCUGUAA